AAAGAUAUGGCAAUGGUAGUUAGCAGCUGGCGAGAUCCGCAGGACGACGUGGCCGGGGGCAACCCCGGCGGCCCCAACCCCGCAGCGCAGGCGGCCCGCGGCGGCGGCGGCGCGGGCGAACAGCAGCAGCAGGCAGGCUCGGGCGCACCGCACACUCCGCAGACCCCGGGCCAGCCCGGAGCGCCCGCCACCCCCGGCACGGCAGGGGACAAGGGCCAGGGCCCGCCUGGCUCGGGCCAGAGCCAGCAGCACAUCGAGUGCGUGGUGUGCGGGGACAAGUCAAGCGGCAAGCACUACGGCCAAUUCACCUGCGAGGGCUGCAAAAGUUUCUUCAAGAGGAGCGUCCGCAGGAACUUAACUUACACAUGCCGUGCCAACAGGAACUGUCCCAUCGACCAGCACCACCGCAACCAGUGCCAAUACUGCCGCCUCAAGAAGUGCCUCAAAGUGGGCAUGAGGCGGGAAGCGGUUCAGCGAGGAAGAAUGCCUCCAACCCAACCCAAUCCAGGCCAGUACGCACUCACCAACGGGGACCCCCUCAACGGCCACUGUUACCUAUCUGGCUACAUCUCUCUGCUGCUGCGCGCGGAGCCCUACCCAACGUCGCGCUACGGCAGCCAAUGCAUGCAACCCAACAACAUCAUGGGCAUCGAGAACAUCUGCGAGCUGGCCGCGCGCCUGCUCUUCAGCGCCGUCGAGUGGGCCCGCAACAUCCCAUUCUUCCCGGAUCUGCAGAUUACCGACCAGGUGUCCCUACUACGCCUCACCUGGAGCGAGCUGUUCGUUCUCAACGCGGCCCAGUGCUCCAUGCCGCUGCACGUGGCGCCGCUGCUGGCCGCCGCCGGCCUGCACGCCUCGCCCAUGUCCGCCGACCGCGUCGUGGCCUUCAUGGACCACAUCCGCAUCUUCCAGGAGCAGGUGGAGAAGCUCAAGGCGCUGCACGUCGACUCGGCGGAAUACAGCUGCCUCAAAGCCAUCGUGCUGUUCACGUCAGAUGCCUGUGGCCUGUCCGAUGCCGCCCACAUCGAGAGCCUGCAGGAGAAGUCGCAGUGUGCGCUGGAGGAGUAUGUGAGGAGCCAGUACCCUAAUCAGCCCAGCCGCUUCGGCAAACUGCUACUGAGGCUGCCCUCGCUGCGCACCGUGUCCUCCUCAGUCAUUGAGCAGCUGUUCUUCGUCCGUUUGGUAGGUAAAACCCCCAUCGAAACUCUCAUCCGUGAUAUGUUACUGUCUGGGAGCAGCUUCAACUGGCCUUACAUGUCCAUCCAGUGUUCCUAGACCCUGGGCGCUUCCCACCUGCCCCCACAUCCCUAGAGACUCAGAGGACCGGCGGGGGCCAUGGACUCCAAAGCCUGGGGGACACUGGGCGGCUGAUGCAGGGUGCAGUGUGCUGGGCAGGCUGGGCAGGAGGGAGGAGGGCCGGGAAGGCAAGAGCAGCCCACCCUGCAGAAAGGCAACCUGAGCUGCAACCCAGGAGAAAAAGAGACUCUUUUAGGAUCAGAUCUGUGAACCCAUUGGAAAGGAAAGAAAAAGGACCUUGUGUCUGGUGAAAAAAAGAAAACAAUCUUUGGAAGAGAGGACCAUGAGAAUUUUAAUAAAACAGAAGGAAACUAAUGGACCUUCCAGGAUUUAUUGUGGACGGAUGUGGAUAUAUUCUGUACAGAAAACAACACACAUGGAAGUGGACUGAAUCCUAUGUAGAAACACACGCACCCCCCCAAACAUUGUUAUUCAUUUUGUAAGAUACUAGUCUUUAUUUUCAUUUUUUUGUAAAAUUUAAACAUCGUAUGCACAUAAAAAAGGAAACAAGAAUUAGGGGAAAAUAACAUUUUCCAAAUAAUUAUAAAAAAUUGUCCUGUGUCUAUGUAUCUAUAUCUGUUUUGUAUUUUUUUCUGGUUCCAAACCAGAUUUCCUGUGAUUCUAUACUAAUAAUUUUUGAUAUAACCCUUUGCUUCUUAUAAUGAGUGCGAUAUAUGUUG